AUGGACAAGACCGGUGCCUUGUCUCUGACCCUGCUCUUCCUGUUCGUCGCCGGGGCCGAGGCCGACAAGUGCAAGGACGUCCGAGCGACGUCCACUGCGGCCUGCCGUCAGGCGAGCACCAGCAAGCUCCUGUACGACAUCUGCGUCCAGAUGCUUGCGGGCUCACCGGAUAGGGGUGACGUACGCAGCCACGCGCUCACUGCCGCCGGCGCAGUCCUCGAGUCCUACGCGGCCACUGGCGUGGCAAUCAAUAAGAUGCUGCGGUCGGGAUCCGACCGCAUGAAGGAGGCUAUGUUAUUCUGUACACAGUACUACUACCAUGCGCAAAUUCGCUUCAAGGAGAUCAAGACAUUGCUGGAGGACAACUCCGAUUGCGACCUCAAGACAUUCGAGGCAGUGUACUCGGACGCCAUCAUGCGCCUCGACGACUGCCGUAGCAAGAUGAUUCCCAUCCAAGGCGAGUCGCCGUCCAUGUACGGCAUGAUCUACACCGAUGGCCACCGGAGCUUUUUGGCUUUCCGGCUGGGCCUGCUGGUUGCUAACCCCUAG